AUGGGUGUCGAAAGCAUUUUAGCAGGAGGUUUGACUUCAGCCUCCAGCGGACUGUCAUGGUUUUUUCCGAUUCUUGCCGCAGCGCUUGUCUACUUCCAAUACGAAGCUUUAGACAAUGAAGCGUCGCCGAUCGACAUGCCAUCGGAAAUACUACUGCCUACGUAUGAUUUUAUAGUGGUAGGGGGUGGUAGUGCAGGAGCUGUAGUUGCGAGCCGUCUGUCUGAGAUCAAAGAUUGGAACGUACUAUUGCUGGAAGCAGGGGGUGACGAAACGGAGAUCUCAGACGUUCCUUUACUUGCGGGUUAUUUGCAACUCAGUCAACUUGACUGGCAAUACAAGACGGAACCACAGGAUGGUGUUUGUUUAGCGAUGGAAAAUAAACGUUGCAAUUGGCCACGUGGCAAAGUGAUUGGAGGAUCGAGUGUAUUAAAUUACAUGUUGUAUAUUAGAGGCAAUAAACGUGACUAUGACAUAUGGGAGCAGCAAGGUUGUACCGGCUGGGGUUCGCGCGACGUCCUGUACUACUUCAAAAAAUCCGAGGACAACAAAAAUCCUUAUUUGAUUCGCACCCCGUAUCACGCGAGCGGCGGGCACUUGACAGUUCAGGAGGCACCAUGGCACACACCUCUGGCCGCAGCCUUUGUUCAGGCCGGCCAAGAAAUGGGCUACGAGAAUCGCGAUAUUAAUGGAAAGUAUCAGACUGGUUUCAUGAUCGCUCAAGGCACCAUCAGGCGUGGUAGUCGUUGUUCAAGUGCGAAAGCGUUUCUCAGACCAGCCAGACUCAGAAAGAAUUUGCACGUAGCAAUGCACACGCACGUGACUAAAGUGCUGGUGCACCCCCAAUCAAAGCGUACUUACGGAAUAGAAUUCGUCAGAGAUGGUAAGGUGUUUCGGAUACGUGCGAACAAAGAAAUAAUAUUAUCUGCCGGCGCGGUUAAUUCCCCACAACUUUUAAUGUUAAGCGGAAUCGGGCCAAAGGAACAUUUGCAGAAGCUCGGGAUUCCCGUGGUUCAAGAUAGCAGGGUCGGCUAUAAUCUCCAGGAUCAUGUUGGCUUAGGCGGACUCGCGUUCCUGAUCAAUCAAGAAAUAUCUAUAAUACAAGAUCGAUUGCAAAGUAUACAAACAGCGAUGCAGUACGCUGUGCUAGGUGAUGGACCCCUGACAAUAUUAGGUGGUGUCGAGGGUAUUGCUUUCGUCAACACUAAAUAUACGAACGCCUCGUUAGACUUUCCCGACAUUGAACUGCAUUUCGUCUCUGGCUCGACUAAUUCGGACAGCGGUGCACAAAUAAGAAAGAUACAUGGUUUAACGAAGCGCUUUUAUGAUGCGGUUUUCGGGCCGAUCAACAACAAGGAUGCUUGGAGCGUGAUUCCUAUGCUGCUGCGACCAAAGAGUCGCGGUAUGAUCAAACUACGCAGCACGGAUCCGUUUGAUCAUCCCGUCAUUUAUCCGAACUAUUUUACAGAACGGGAAGAUAUUGCCACAUUGAUCGAAGGAGUAAAGAUCAGCGUGGCUCUGAGUAGAACCAGUGCUUUCAAACGAUUCGGAAGCGAAUUAAACUCGCAACAGUUUCCAGGAUGCGAACAUUUUCCGAUUUUUACUGAUGAUUAUUGGGAAUGCAUGAUUAGGCAUUAUAGCGUCACGAUUUAUCAUCCUGUAGGAACUUGUAAAAUGGGAGCUUAUUCGGAUCCCGAGGCCGUUGUCGAUCCACAGCUCAGGGUCUACGGUGUGGCUGGGCUUCGCGUGAUUGAUGCCUCGAUCAUGCCGAAUAUUGUGAGCGGAAACACAAACGCGCCGACAAUCAUGAUCGGCGAGAAAGGCGCCGACAUGAUUAAAGAAUAUUGGUUGAAACAGAACGAUAUGUCUACGAUGAAUAAACGAUAAGAU